AACCUUCUGCAUGCACAGAUCAUUCCACUUAAUAACAUAUCCUUUCAGAUUCUCUGGGCCAUGCUUACACUGCUAUAUAAGCUUAAUCUUCAUAUUGUGAACCCAGCGAUGGCUGCUUUCAAAAAAGCAGUGAUGAUUUCAGGUGGACACGCUGCAGGUUUGCCAAGGGAGGGAAGUGGCUGGGAUGUGCUAAUGCAGGUGGGUGGAGAGGGUGAGUGUGGCCUCCUGUAUACAAGGAAAAUGCCUCUAAUGUGAAAAUUCUUGAAAACUCUGUGUUUUAAAUUUUAGUUUCUUCCCCCCCCCCCAAACUGUUGCCUCUUUGUGAAUGCAUUGAAUCAACAUAAUUGUGAGAUCUGGAAAGCAUCCCAACAACUCAAGAUUAUAUAUUAGUCCAGUAGGAAUACAGAAGGAGCUGUUCCGCCUUUGCUGUGGUCUUUGAUGCUGUCUCAUAGUGUAGAUGAGUCCUGUGUACAGAAUCAGCAUAAAAUCAAGUUUGUGAUGUAUUGAUUCUACGCAAGCGCAGCUCUUCUUUUCCAGUGUACCCAGCAAAAAAUAAAAGAUGCAAACAGGCUGAGGUGGUCCCUCCAGUCAGUGUUUCAUCUUCACCGUUCAACACAAAGGUUCUGUACCGGGGUGCGUGCCCCACAGGCUGUGGGACGGGAGAGCGUGCGAUGCCAGGCCACCCCCUCCCACCUACAAGGGCAGCAGUGAAGUGGCUGGAAGGAUUUAUUUGAUGGAAAAGAGCAGCACAGGCACCUUUGAAGUAGCUGCUAAUCUGUGUAACCAUGGAAAUUUUGGCAAAGGCUGCUAGGAGUAAAUACUCUGGGGCAGGUCAUGGCAGUUCAUCCAGAUCUUCACCAGGGCUAUGUGCUGGCCUGCCAGAGCUUGGGCCGACCCGAAAACCCCUUCAUCGCUUGUGUGCUCCAAGAAGCUGAUAAAAUCAGAUGCUCAAAAGGGAUCACAUUAAAAAUAGCUGGAAAUAAUCAUCUGGAGCCUGUGCAGAGAGUUACAGAUGAUGAUCUUCAGGUUCUUGCCUCUGUCUUGUCCAACACUGUAUUUGUCACAGGUUUGGAUCUUCGGUAUAAUGCAUUGACUGAUGCUGCAGCAAAGCAUGUGGCAGCAUUCCUCCAGGAAAACUCCACUCUGCGGUACCUUAACCUGAUGUUUAAUGAUAUUGGCACAAGCGGAGCCGAGCUGAUAGCGAGGGCGCUCCACAGGAAUGAAACUCUUGUGUAUUUGAGAAUGACUGGAAACAAAAUAGGAAACAAAGGUGGAAUGUUCUUUGCUUCAAUGCUGCAAAUUAAUUCAACCUUAGAGAAGCUGGAUCUUGGAGACUGUGAUAUGGGCACACAGUCUCUAAUAGCAACAGCAACAGCCCUGACUCAGAACAAAUCAGUCAAAGCAAUAAACCUAAAUCGUCCUUUACUCUACAGCCAAGAGGAAGAGACCACAGUUCAUGUAGCUCUGAUGCUGAAAAAGAACUCCUCUCUGGUGGAACUGCACUUGUGCAAGCACGAAAUGAAAAACUUUGGUGUGGAGCGACUGUGUGAGGCGUUGUAUGAAAACUCCAGCCUGAAAUACCUCGAUCUGAGCUGUAAUGAAAUAACCCGCGAUGGAGUAAAAUUUUUGGCAGAACUACUGAAACGGAACCAAACCCUGGAAAUCCUAGAUCUGAAUGCAAACCGGAUGGAAGAUGAUGGAGCCAUCUACCUGAGUGAAGCCUUGGCUUUGAACAACAGGACCCUUCAGGCGUUGUCAGUAGUAAGCAACAAUAUAAGUGGCAAAGGACUUACAGCUCUUGCGGAUGCAAUGAAAGCAAACAUGGAACUCUCCUAUAUUUACAUUUGGGGGAACAAAUUUGACGAAGCCACCUGUAUAGCGUUUUCAGAAUUAAUUGAGACGGGCCGCUUGAAACCCAACCGUACGGACGUGGAGCCCUAUGAAGUGGAGGGGCACGUUCACCUGGCAGAGCUCUCCUAUGGCCUCAAGAAGCACUACUACUGGACACCCAGCUGUGGGGAGGGGACAAACAGGGACGCCAACGCCAGCCUGGCAGUCACCGCGGUGUCAGAGCACUUGUGAGUGAGGUGGUGGCAGCUGGAUGCCCUCCACGUGCUUCAAGUUUUCCUGUCUUGUUUCUAGUCAAAUAGAUUCUGUCAGUACCCAACUUGCUGAAUGUUGUGUUUUCAGGGUCUGUGGUCUAAAGUGGAAUUAGAGAUAAAAUAUGGAAGCAGUGACCUUAAAAUUUGUUGCUAAAAACGCACGAGUUUAAUAUUAAAGACUUAUUAAUGUGGAAAUGUAUUAAUUUUUCUGGAGUUCUUUCUAUUACACGCUAUCUCCUUUGCUUUA